AUGCCUCUCGUCUACGAUAGCAUAGACACACUAUAUAAACGCGAUGCAACCCGAUUAAUCAUUGAUUACAACGACCAAAAAGCUACAGGUACAAUAUUGCUAUCCCCGAUUAGGACAGAAAACUACAAACAUGUUGGAGACCCUGCAAGGCAUAUAACCAAAUCUUCCAAUAAUAAGAAGAACUUUUACUACAAACAAGUUGAAGGGUCUGCAGGAGCAUCCACUUUGGUCGAGUUUAAACUUGAUAAACAUGAAGUAGAUGAAUAUUUUAUGUCGGUGGUUUGCGAAGAUGUGGAAGCAUUUGUGAGAAAUAAGAUGAACCAGUUGACUAAAUUAAUUUUAACUGCUCUGGAUGAUACCUAUAAAGAUGAGCAAAUGUUAAAAACAAACAUCAACAGAAUGUGUCAAUGUUUGGAGAACUCACUAAAACUGAGAACGGAAAAGUUGAAAGUGGAACGUAUCGGUCUGUCAGUUCUCGAAAUAAGCCAAGCUGUAUCAGCAGUCAACCUACUCGACCGUGAAGUUCUAUGGCUGGUUACUGUACACUUGCCGUUUGAUGAUCAGGUAUUCACAGCUGAAGACUUCAUACCUCUAAUAGAAGGACAGGGACGGCAGAGGUUGGAUCUGAGAAUUCUGUUGAAUGAAUUCUCAUUGCAAUUGUUAGAGGAAGUGAGAAAGCUCCUGACCUACACUUCCAAACUCAAUUCUAUCACUAUCUGCUAUCAAACCAUUGAUGAGAAAUGCAUAGAGUUAAUUGCUGAAACAGAGCACUCGUCAAAUGGAGAGUAUUUUUUCAAGUUUUCAAUAGAUCACGCUGAUGAUCCAACUGAAGAAAUGGCAACGCUCACUCUAUCGGACAACAAACGCCAUUUGAAUAUCUUCGAGAUCCCUUCGAUAAUGAGUCAAUUACUUCGAAAAGUGUCCCGAGGUAUCCGACACUGCGUUGACUAUAUCAAACCAGAUCCGCAUAUCCGUCUUUAUCAGAUUACGAUUCGUUCUUUUAGUGUAGUUGUUGGUGUUGACCACGGAUUGUUUGAUCAGGAAAUCAUUCAAAUUCACCAAGGAUCUCUGGAACAGCAAGCAGUUCGAAUUGUAAAUGAUUUCUAUUUGUAUACAAGACAUCAAAACACGUGCAUGGAAUUUUUAGCGAUUGGAAUGAAUAAAUCGUUCUGGAAGAUAAAAGAAGAAGAAAAAGAAUCAGUUAUGUCGACGUUUUUCAAAGGGAUGAGAGAUGUUUUGAUCUCCAGGACAUCCCCACUAAAAGUUAAUUUAUUGAUUUUGAACAUCCACUUGCAAUGUUUGGUGAUGGACAUACUACCGUAUCUCGACGCAGAAUAUUUGGAUUCUAUUAGAAUAUGGAAGAUCGAAGAAAUUGAUGAAGAAUCUACAAUUGAUCUGGAUGAAAUUGUGAAAACUGAGCAAUGGAGCAAGGCGAAGAAAUUGUGGAUAAAAGACUUGACUGUUCGGAUGUCAAUUCAAGAGAUGAAUAUUUUGAAUUUUGGGUCUAUUAGGAUUAUUGUGGAAACAAUGUCGCGGGAGGAUAUAACGUAUUGCAGAAAGAACCUGCCUCAAUCUCCAGUCUUCCAAAAUUUCAAAAUACACAUCAAUAACUGUUCAACUGAAGACUUUUUAACAGCACUAGGAGGACCUUAUCGAGUCGUCGACGACUUUGAGUAUAUAUGGUACUUCCGGAUUGAGAAUACUCAAUACUAUUUAUAUGUAGCGCUCGAACAAGGACCACUUCAAAUUGAAGGCUGUUCAUAUUUUGAGAAAAUCCAUCAGGAUAAAACUCCAUUCUUUUUGUGA